AAAUAAUAAUGCAAAUUAACUACAAUAUAAAAAAAAAAGAAACGAAAAGCCCCUUAAGUUUAGAAAUCUUCAACACCCUAACAUAAAUGUAAAAGGCCGAAAAAUGUAAACAAAAUAGAGGCUGUCAAAUCGGCUCAACAAAUAAAACACAACAAAGCGGACCGCUACAACAAACUCACUGAAAAUAGCAAUUUAAUUAAGUAAAAUCAUUGCAAAAUGGCUCUCUCCAUGCAAAAACGAAACAAUGUUCGUUUACCUCCGGAAGUGAAUCGAGUGCUGUACGUAAGAAAUCUUCCAUACAAGAUAACUUCCGAUGAAAUGUAUGAUAUUUUCGGAAAGUAUGGUGCUAUUCGACAAAUCCGAGUAGGGAACACACCAGAAACUCGUGGUACCGCGUUUGUCGUGUACGAGGAUAUCUUUGAUGCGAAAAACGCACGAGAUCAUCUGUCGGGCUUUAACGUUUGUAACCGAUACCUGGUGGUGCUUUACUAUCAAUCGACCAAGGCAUUCAAGCAGCUCGAUGUCGAUAAAAAGCAGGAGGAACUGGACCAGAUGAAGGCGAAGUACAACAUCAGUACGGAAGAAUUGAAAAAGUAAUUUUUAAGCUGCUAUCAUAUUUGAAGUAUGUAAAUUUAAGAAGAAAUACACCUUUUUUAGUGUUUGUAAGAUCCAAA